CGACACAAUAUGCGUUGGAGUUUCCCAUCUCCUCAAAAGUAUCUCUGGCCCGAUCGGGGAUUUCUAUUGGAGAAGCAGUUUAGACAUCUUCAUACUAAAGCAUAUUUUUUUGUCUACUCCGUUAUUUCUGAUCUGUGGACUCCAGUAGUGUUCUAGGACUAUACGAAGGGUCUUCAUAAGGAAUUUUAAAUCAUGUCUGAGGUGGAUUUUGAUAAGGCUGCAGAGGAGGUGAAGCAGCUGAAGGCUAAGCCAGCAGAUGUGGAGAUGCUCAGGGUCUACGCUCUGUUCAAACAGGCCAAAGUGGGCGAUGUCAACACCACUUGUCCUGGGGUGCUGGAUUUCACUGGGAAAGCCAAAUGGGACGCCUGGGAGAAGGAAAAAGGGAAGAGCAAAGAGGAUGCCAGGAAGGAGUACAUUGCCUUGGUAGAGGAACUGAAAGGGAAGUACGGAGUCUAAGAAAUGACUGACUGACCGGGCCGACCGCUGGCAGUGUAGAACCUUGACCUCUGUGGUCAGCCCACACCUCGUCCCUGUGAGGUGCCUUAAUCCCAACGAGUAUGCCCGUUUCUACAAGACCUGGGGAAAAUGCAUAUGUCAAAUCUUUUGUAAUUCUAGCGGUGCACUUGGUUUAGCUGAGGUAACUGGGUUUAGCUGAGGUAUGUGCAAGGGUGGUUGGAGUUUGCAUUUUAUGGACUAUUCAAAUGGUUCCAUUGUACAGAACUACCUAAAUCAAGCACACCUCAAAUGACAUAUGCGUUUUACCCAGGAAUGUUUGCUACUGUGCAUUGCACUAAGAAUACAGGACCAACAAGCCGCUACUACGUACAGAGACAAACCGUCCUCCACCAUCAACUUCCUAGUUAAUGUUCUCAACUGGUUGUUCAGCCCACAACCUCCAUAAAGUUUACAUUUGUCUGAA